UUUAGUUGGAAGUCUCAAAUAUUUCUUAUUUUUCAAAUUUUUCGUUCCGAACUCUAUAUUGCUUAUAACGUUUCUAAUUAUUUUUAAAGUUUAAUAAAAAAAUUUAUGAAAAAUAUUGAACUCAGUGUUUUUUAAUAUAAAAAUAAAGAUAAUUAACGAAUUAAAAGUGAAAUAUUUUUAAAAAAAAUAAUUGAAUAAAAAUUGAAAAACUUAAAAUGGAAAAAUCAAAUAUGUAUCCGAACGUACCGGAGCAACUUCAAGAAAUGCCUCCUACAGCUCCCCCUACUUAUGAUGCAAGUCAAACAUCUGGUCCAACAACUGUGAUACUUCAACAACCUAUACCGGCAGCAGCUUUUGGGCCUAGACCUCAAAUAGCUGUAUGCCCAAAUUGUGGUGAACGAAAUUUAACCGAAGUUAAAUAUGAGAAUUCUAAUAAAACACAUCUUGCUUGUUUAAUAUUAUGUUUAGUUGGAUUAUGGUGCUGCUGUUGCAUUCCCUACUGUGUUGACAGUUUAAAGAAUGCAAAUCACUAUUGUCAAAAAUGUCAUAAUUUCUUGGGUGUUUACAAUAAAUAAAAUGUAAAAAAAUAAUUUGAUAAAAAAAAAUCUCGUAAAUUUUUAAAAAAGAAAAAAAAAAUUAUAUAUUUUUGUAUGUAUGUUAGCUAUUCUGUUUAUCUUUAUAUUUUUUGAAUUUCGAAACAUGUUAUUAAAAAUAUAAUAAAAAAAUAAUUAUCUAAUUAAAUUGUGAUCGUUUGCUGCUUAACUCGAAAACGUGUGCUUCUUACCACGAUCUAUAUUAAUUUUUCAUCGUGUGAUCAUAAUAAUCACCUUAAUGUGAUCGAAUCAUAAUAUUCGCCUCAAUUUAUGCAAAAAAAAACGGAAUGUAAAAUUAUUCAAUAUCAUCUUAUAAUCUGGUUGUUACACAUUUAAAAAAUAUAUUUGACGUUCUAAUUUAAUUUAAUAAACCCUAAAACAGAAAUUGGCAGAAGUCCAAAAAUAAAAUUGUUUUUAUAUUCUGAAAUUUUUUCAAAAUUAUUUUAUUCAUUAGAAAAGAAGCAAACAUUUAAAGUAAUAAAUCUGCAACUUUUAGUUACUAAAAUACUGAUUUCAGAACAAUAUCAAACAAUAACCAAGGUAAACGCAUAUAAGAUUCUUGUUUUUGAUUUGGUUCAAGAAAUUUGUUAUUAUUAUAAGAAAUGUUAAAGAAAGAUUAAUUUCCAUAAAAAACGAAACAAAAUAUAAAUAUCUACAGAUAAGAAGAUUAAGAAUAAAAAACAUAUCGGCCAAAAACUUACACAGAAUUUAUGCAAAUAUUUUACUUAGCGAAUAUAACUUACAGAAGAGUGUUAGAACAUUUAAUGGUUUAGAAUAUUUUCUUUCCGUACAAAAAACACUACAUACUCGUAUUAUAAUUUGAGCCUUUAGAAGAAUAUUUUUCUAUCUAUGCACUUGACUAUAUAAAUGUAUUGUACAAAUUAAAAAAAACGGCAGCACGAUUGAAUUUUUAACACUAUUUACUUAUUCUUGUCAAAAAUUAUUUACUUCAUUAUUAAUUUUUUUAAUUUUAAGUUGCUAUAUAUGUAUAUUACUGGAAACAAAACGGCAAAUCUAAAUUUUGAUAUACUAUAUAUAUAUGUAUAUGUACA